UAUGUGACUUUUUGCUUUUCGCGCCACACCACACCACUACGCUGGCCAGAUCAUGCGCCAACCGCGCUUUACAUCUCUACCAGCUUCUAGUGUAAAACGCGUUCUCUGCACGAGACACAAUGAUGGGAGAUUUGCGAUGGGUGGUGUGUAUAAAAAGCGAAAGCAUCCCAGCAACGGGUGCGUAGUCGAGAUCGAGCUACUACUGCGAUCGCAAGUAGAAUCGUCGAACCGUUGUGCUUGUCGGCACCAGUGCCAAUACUUGUACUAAACUCCUUCAACUGAAACAGUGUUAAGUGUGCAAAAGGACAAAGAGAAACGUACAAAAUGCUACGAGCUUCUGUUGUGUUACUCGUUUUGGUUGCGAUUGUGUCUGGCGCGGCCGCCACCUUCGGAUACGGACUGCUGGGUGGAACAGGGUAUAAUGGCGGUUAUGGAGGUUAUGGCGGUUACAAUGGGUAUGGAGGAUACGGAGGAUAUGGAGGUGGAUAUCAGCCGUACGGCUAUGGUUACGGAUAUCCUGGUAAAUAUGGCAGCUAUGGAGGAUACAACGGUGGAUACGGUGGAUACGGCGGUUACGGCGGGUACGGCGGAUACGGUGGAUAUGGAGGAUACGGUGGAUAUGGUGGCUAUGGAGGAAUUCGACCCUAUUUCCGAUAAAGGUUUGACCACUGUAUCGUUACAUCUUUAAGCAUUCUAGUGUGUUAGGUUCCCUGGUUGCCUACAACAUGUGAUAAAUCGAAUCCCUUUUUUCGUAGUUUAUGGUACGUCUUUCACUGAGUUAAAAUAAAGUACCGUUUCAAACAAAACGCCACAAAAACUUGCAUUGUCCACUUGCCGAUUCAAAAGACGGGAACCACUUUCCUUAAUAGUAAUGUUACCUAUAACGGGUUUCGGCCAAGUUUGCUCUUGAUGCGGGGGCGAUCCGUUUAAUGGGUGAAUUUGUUGGUCAAGGUCGCUCGGUCAUGAAUGGCGCAAGGCCAGACAGACGGACGGGAUUUGCGGUAUUUGAGAGUAACCGUGGAACUGAGAUUUUAGCAGAUUUGCUACAAAUAUUUGGUAUGAUGAAAACUGGACGAGAACUGGUUAAGAGCUAUUUCAAUAAUAAAAACACACAAAACGAAAAAUAAACGCACGUUUCUGGUUGUUCUACGGUUCGGUUCUGC